AUCUGAAACUCAGCCUAGUUCAGGCAGACUCCCGACUGGCACUUGCUGCUCCAAGCAACUCUCAGCAUGAUGGUGUUUGCAUUUUGGAAGGUCUUUCUGAUCUUAAACUGCCUUGCAGGUCACGUUCGUACAGUGCAAGUGACUAUCCCAAACAGUUUCGUGAAUGUGACUAUUGGAUCAAAUGUCACUCUUCUCUGCCUCUAUAAAACCGUGACAUCCCUGGACAAUCUUUCAAUCCAGUGGUCUUUCUUCCACAAUAAGAACGUGGGGCCGAUUUCUCAUGGCUCGUGCCCCAAUACUGAGAGUAUGGAGGAAAAGGCAGUCAGUCAGUGUCUAAAAAUGGCACAUGCAAGAGACGCUCGGGGAAGAUGUAGCUGGACCUCCCAGAUUUACUAUUCUGAAGGUGGAAAAUCUUCGGCCAUUGGGCAAUUCAACGGUCGAAUUAUAGGUUCUACUGAUCCAGGAAACGCAUCUAUCACCAUAUUGCGUAUGCAGCCAACAGACAGUGGAAUGUACAUCUGUGAUGUCAACAACCCUCCGGAUUUUGUUGGCAAAAACCAAGGCAUCCUUGAUGUCACUGUCUUAGUCAAACCUUCCAAGCCCCUUUGUACCAUCCAAGGAAGACCAGAAGCAGGCCAUCCUAUUUCCUUGACUUGCCUUUCUGCUUUUGGAACACCUUCUCCUGUGUAUUACUGGCAUAAGAUUGAGGGAAACACCAUUGUACCAGUAAAAGAAAGCUUCAACUCAGCCACUGGAGUUUUGGUAAUUGGAAAUCUGACAAAUUUUGAACAAGGUUAUUACCAGUGUACUGCCAUCAACAGUCUUGGCAACAGUUCCUGUGAAAUUGACUUAACCUCUUCACAUCCUGAAGUUGGAAUCAUCAUCGGUGCCUUGAUUGGUGCCUUGAUAGGAGCUGCUGUCAUCAUCUCUGUCAUGUACUUUGUCAGGAACAAAGUUAAGUCAAAGCAAAAGAAGAGGAAUCUCACUUCAAGCACAGAACUCGAAUCAAUGACAAAGGCACGCUGCCCCCAAGAAACUGAAGUGAUUCCAGCUGAUGACAUCCAGCUAGAAGCACCUCUGCCAUCUUUCAUCCUUGACACCCACAACACCGAAACUACUACUGCCAUCUUGGGUCCAAAAUAUGAGCCUGCUCCUCAGGUGGAAACUGCCAUACAGCCUGACCCUAAGCCUGAGAUGGAGGUUCAUCUGAAUCCAGAGCUGGACCUGGAGCCAGAACUAGAGACAGAGCCUGAGAUUGAGGUUGAGCCUGAGUCUGAAAUAAUAGUUGAGCCUCUGAGUGAGAAGGAAAAUGAUACAGUUAAGAUGUAGACAUAUAUAGGUAUGGCAUUAACUAUGGCAAUUCUCACUAAGACACCCAUUCCUGGCCUUUAAAAUUCAGUGGACUUAACUAGCCCACAGUUUGUCCCUCCAUCAUAGACAGCCCUCAUCUAAUAACAUGCUUAUUUUUAUCAUUAAUCCAAAAUAAAUAAAUUAAGGUAACUACUAAUGAAAUGGAAAGGAUUCUGCUUUCUUAGUAUAGAUUACUUUAAACUGUACUAAUAUGUAAACAUAACAAAUGACAAGGC